CAGAUAAACAGGAAUCCCAGCUUCACCUCUGGCCCUCUCCCCAGAGUUAACAUCUUGAUGUGUGUUCUUCUUUCCUGUUUGUUGUUCCAGUCUUCAUUUUAGACAGAAGCCAGAAGGUGCAAUAUAUCCUGUUUUCUAGCUUUCUGUUUAUUUCCACAUGUUUAUUUCAGGUACUUAAACGUUUGUCUUCCAGUGCUCAACCUCCAGGGAGAUACACCAUGAGUUCGUAGCCAGUCUACCACACACAACCUGAGGAACAGGCAUUAUGUUCCCAGUGUUCCUAUUACAAACAAUGCUUGAUGAACAUCCUAUUUUCCAAUCUUUCCACCCAAAUUGGUGGCUGGGGCCACUCCUACUCCUGUUUCUGGCCUUGAUACAGUCCUGUACAUACUCACAAAUGCAGUGGCGUCAGAAAGUUGGGACUCUUUUUUUUUUCUUGAGACGGAGUUUCACUCUUGUUGCCCAGGCUGGAGUGCAAUGGCACGAUCUCGGCUCACUGCAACCUCCACUUCCCAGGUUCAAGCGAUUCUCCUGCCUCAGCCUCCCAAGUAGCUGGGAUUACAGGCGCGUGCCACCCAGCCCGGCUAAUUUUUGUAUUUUUAGUAGAGACAGGGUUUCUCCAUGUUGGCCAGGCUGAUCCCGAACUCCUGGCCUCAGGUGAUCCACCCGCCUCGGCCUCCCAAAGUGCUGGGAUUAUAGGCGUGAGCCACCGCGCCUGGCACUUUUUUUUUUUUUAAGACAGUCUGGCUCUGUUGCCCAGGCUGGAGUGCAGUGGCGCGAUCUCGGCUCACUGCAAGCUCCGCCUCCCGGGUUCACACCAUUCUCCUGCCUCAGCCUCCCGAGUAGCUGGGACUACAGGCGCCCAACACCACACCCAGCUAAUUUUUUGUAUUUUUAGUAGAGACAGGGUUUCACCCUGUUAGCCAGGAUGGUCUCGAUCUCCUGAGCUCGUGAUCCGCCCGCCUCGGCCUCCCAAAGUGCUGGGAUUACAGGCGUGAGCCACCGCGCCCGGCCAGCCAGGACUCUUUUUUUUUUUUUUUUUUUUUUUUAACUUAACUAGUAAUCUUGAGUAAGUAAUGACGCGGCUGAUGGGAAAGGGGAAGCUACAGGCCAGACAAGUGGACUCUCAAUCACAAGCACGCCAUGGAGCAAAGAGCCAGGGCCCUGAAUGUGGAAGAUCAGCCAGACUCAGGUAUAUGGAGGGGACAUCCUUACUGUCCAGCCUCUCCUGAUCUCUGCUGGCACCUUAGCCCAGCCAAUCCUGUACCACGUGCGCAGGGAGCCUGCCUGCCUAGGUUCUUUCCACAGGAAGCUCCCUGGUCCUGGGUGGAGUCUGAGCCCACCAGGCCCUUCACACCCAAGAGCUCAGGCUGAGGCCUGGGGAGGAAGGCAGGGACCCACCAGCUCACGAUCCCCAACAAGGUGCCACUGAGAAGGGUGGGUAAAGGCUGCGGGGAUAGAUAGCUCUUGCGGCAGGCCUGGCGACUGAUAAGCCCGGGCAGCACCCUGAGAGUUGGCACCCGCCCCUCUGCCCCGCACCCCAGGGCUUGCUUCGCGUCCUCCGCCCGGACCCUGGCCCUUCUCUUCUUCGUCUGCCUGGGAGUCCCUUCAGGGCAGGGCCUGGCACUGUCUAGUGAAUGUCGGCCUCGUGGUGGACUCGAAGGAACCCUACAGUCAGCCCCAGAGCCGCGGGAGAUCCACGCUGCGGCCGGCUCCGCCCCGCCCCACCCUCACGCUCACGCUCACGCUCACGCUCACGCUCACGCUCACGCUCACGCUCACAGGCUCCCGGCUCCGCAUUCCUCGCAGGGCUCCACUCCGGACCCGCCCGCCUUGCCCUUCAUCCUCAAAGACUCAUUGGUCGCAUUCCCCUCGGGCCCCGCCCUUCGCGUGCUUGGGCCAUGCCCGUCCGGUGCUCGGGCCAUGCCCGUCCGACCGCGCUGCUUCCGCCUCGCAGCCCCCUCUCAACCCCUUCUCUCCUAGGCCCUUCUACCCUCCCCGAAGCCGGGCUCCCGGGUUCCGCUUCCACAGGGCCAGCCCCUCUCCUCCGAGAUCCAACGCCUCGCCCCUCGGUAAGAGGCCCAGGACUCAGCCCACGGCCCCGCCCCCCACUUGGCUAGUCCGCCCCUGGCGAGACCCCUGCUCUCACCCACCCAGGACUUCUCGCUCCCAGGCCGGGUCCUCUCACCGUCAAGGCCCGCCCCCUGCCAACGGUCCUCGUCCAUUAGCCGAAGGCCCCGCCCCUCACAGAUUGCCGCAGGGCAGGGGCGGAGACAGCUCGGGCCGUCCCAGGCUCCGCCCCCGGAAGCCUCACUUCCGGGCACGAGCACGCCCCGCCUCGCCCCGGCGGCAGAGAGGAGACCAUGGAACGCCAGGUGCUGCUGAGCGAGCCCGAGGAGGCGGCGGCUCUGUAUCGGGGCCUUAGCCGCCAGCCCGCGCUGAGCGCCGCCUGCCUGGGCCCGGAGGUCACCACGCAGUACGGCGGCCAAUACCGGACGAUGCACACUGAGUGGACCCAGAGGGACCUGGAACGCAUGGAGAACAUUCGAUUCUGCCGCCAAUACCUGGUGUUCCAUGACGGGGACUCAGUGGUGUUUGCAGGACCUGCAGGCAACAGUGUGGAGACCCGGGGGGAACUGCUGAGCAGAGAGUCUCCUUCAGGCACCAUGAAAGCUGUGCUGCGCAAGGCUGGAGGCACUGGCCCUGGGGAAGAGAAGCAGUUCCUGGAGGUCUGGGAGAAGAACCGGAAGCUCAAGAGCUUCAACCUGUCAGCGCUGGAGAAACAUGGGCCUGUUUAUGAGGAUGACUGCUUUGGCUGCCUGUCCUGGUCGCACUCGGAGACACACUUGUUGUAUGUGGCAGAGAAGAAGCGCCCCAAGGCCGAGUCCUUCUUUCAGACCAAAGCCUUGGACGUCAGUGCCAGCGAUGAUGAGAUAGCCAGGCUGAAGAAGCCAGACCAAGCCAUCAAGGGGGAUCAGUUUGUGUUUUACGAAGACUGGGGAGAAAACAUGGUUUCCAAAAGCAUCCCUGUGCUCUGCGUGCUGGAUGUCGAGAGUGGCAACAUCUCUGUGCUUGAGGGGGUCCCUGAGAAUGUGUCCCCUGGACAGGCAUUCUGGGCCCCUGGAGAUGCUGGUGUGGUGUUUGUGGGCUGGUGGCAUGAGCCCUUCCGGUUGGGCAUCCGCUUUUGCACCAAUCGCAGGUCAGCCCUGUACUAUGUGGACCUCAUCGGGGGGAAGUGUGAGCUCCUCUCGGAUGACUCCCUGGCUGUCUCUUCUCCCCGGCUGAGCCCAGACCAAUGUCGUAUUGUCUACCUGCAGUACCCAUCUCUGAUCCCCCAUCACCAAUGCAGCCAGCUGUGCCUGUAUGACUGGUAUACCAAGGUUACCUCAGUGGUGGUAGAUGUUGUGCCUCGGCAGCUGGGAGAGAACUUCUCUGGGAUCUACUGCAGCCUUCUGCCUUUGGGAUGCUGGUCAGCUGACAGCCAGAGAGUGGUCUUUGACUCAGCUCAGCGCAGCCGGCAGGACCUGUUUGCUGUGGACACCCAAGUGGGCACCGUGACCUCCCUCACAGCUGGAGGGUCAGGUGGGAGCUGGAAGUUGCUCACAAUUGACCAGGACCUCAUGGUGGCACAGUUUUCCACACCCAGCCUACCUCCAACCCUGAAAGUUGGGUUCCUGCCUUCUGCAGGGAAGGAGCAGUCAGUGUUGUGGGUGUCCCUGGAGGAGGCCGAGCCCAUUCCUGACAUCCACUGGGGCAUCCGGGUGCUACAGCCACCCCCAGAGCAAGAGAAUGUGCAGUAUGCUGGCCUUGACUUUGAAGCAAUCCUGCUGCAGCCUGGCAACCCUCCAGAUAAGACCCAGGUGCCCAUGGUGGUCAUGCCCCACGGGGGGCCCCAUUCAUCCUUUGUCACUGCCUGGAUGCUGUUCCCAGCCAUGCUUUGCAAGAUGGGCUUUGCGGUACUACUAGUGAACUAUCGUGGCUCCACGGGCUUUGGCCAGGACAGCAUCCUCUCCCUCCCAGGCAAUGUGGGCCACCAGGAUGUGAAGGAUGUCCAGUUUGCAGUGGAACAGGUGCUCCAGGAGGAACACUUUGAUGCAAGCCAUGUGGCCCUUAUGGGUGGUUCCCAUGGUGGCUUCAUUUCCUGCCACUUGAUUGGUCAGUACCCAGAGACCUACAGGGCCUGCGUGGCCCGGAACCCCGUGAUCAACAUCGCCUCCAUGUUGGGCUCCACUGACAUCCCUGACUGGUGCGUGGUGGAGGCUGGCUUUCCUUUCAGCAGUGACUGCCUGCCAGACCUCAGCGUGUGGGCUGAGAUGCUGGACAAAUCGCCCAUCAAAUACAUCCCUCAGGUGAAGACACCACUGUUACUGAUGUUGGGCCAGGAGGACCGGCGUGUGCCCUUCAAGCAGGGCAUGGAGUAUUACCGUGCCCUCAAGACCCGGAAUGUGCCUGUUCGGCUCCUGCUCUAUCCCAAAAGCACCCACGCAUUAUCAGAGGUGGAGGUGGAGUCAGACAGCUUCAUGAAUGCUGUGCUCUGGCUACGCACACACUUGGGCAGCUGAAGCCCUGCCAUUCUGCGUGAGCUGAUCAGCCUGUGCCACACUUCGCUCUUGGGGAGCUCAACGGUCUGGCAGGGCAGCAGGAGGCUUUCUGGGCUCUGGACUCCACGGAUGCGUGGGCAGAGGAAUGUGGGCUAUGUAGUCAUAAUAAAUUAGGACACAGA